UUCUAAUCUACCGUAGACACGAACACAUGUGAUCACAAAAUCGUCGUACGAGGAGACAGUUUCUUACGGCGAGGAAGUGAAAAUCGGAAUAGAGGCAUGGGGGAGGCUUCAGCGGCGGCGGAGCUCGAGAGACUCCAAAUCGAUAUCCUCCGUAGAAUCUCGACUCUCGAAAGCUCGAUUCUCCCGGAGAGUUCGUCGCCUUCUCUACCGGAUGAUGAAAGCCAAACAGUGUCUCGCCUCUCCGCCAUUCUCCGCUCCGGCGGCGUUAAUGACUUCUCCUUCAAGAGGGUCGCUCCAGAUUACUACGACUGGCCUCUUGAAUCCCGCCGCGACGUCCUCGGAGCUUCCUCCGUCGACCAUCUCUGCAAGAGCAUUGUCCUGGUUAAUACUCAAGCCUCAUCAAAUGUUUUGGAUUGCAGUGAUCGCAACAACUCCAAAUACUAUGUGGUUGUUGUUCAGUAUACUGCCAGAUUCAAUGCGGAAGCAGUGAAGAACUUUCUUUACUCACUAAACGAGGGCAAGAUCCCGAAGAAAAGAUUUAAUCUGAGACUUGCUCCCGAGGAGACGUCGAUUGAACUGACUGGGUUUGAGCACAAUUCGGUAACCUGUGUAGGGAUGAAGACAAGCAUACCGGUGAUAUUGGAUGAGGCCAUAGCCAAACUUAGACCGGACUUCUUCUGGUUGGGCGGGGGAGAGAUUGAUCUGAAGCUUGGCGUCAGAACAUCUGAGUUCCUUGAUUUUGUGAAACCAUUUGUCUUUCCUUGUAGCUGAAAGCUAGAAUCUACUUAACAAUAUUCUUCAUGUCAUUCAUCCUAAGUAGACCAAAGGUGUAUGGUCGGUACUUUGUCAAAUGUUACCGUUAGCUAAGAUUUGAGCUGGCAGUGAGGGUUUUGUACCUCUCACAGACAUUGGUAUUCUUGGUAAUGAAUGACCAUGUUGGUUACGUUCUACUA